AUGUCAAAACUACUUAGGGAACGGUCUUACUUUCCUCUCCUUUGGCUUUACCAUUAUCACCCGGGAACCUUAGCAUUCAACGUGAGAUCAUUUGCCGAUUGUGGUUAUUUGAAGGAUUUUCCUCCACUUCUUUUUAAGUUGCUGCAAUGUAAACAUUAUAAUUAUUAUCGUGUGUCUGAAUAUGAGGAUCAAAGAAAUUACAGGUUUAUAAGUGUGUACUAUGAGGAUGCGAACUAUCGUUUCGUAUACAAUCGGAUAUCAGAUGUCUUCAGUGACCUUCUCAAGUCUGAUCUUGACCUAUUGAAAUCUGGCAAUCCUCGGGAAAUCAGCCUUGCUGCCAAGUGUUGCCCCUCACUUAACUCGUUUCUUGAUCUCACAACAUAUUUUUGCGAGAGCAUCGCCAGAAGGCUGUUCCCCCAAGAUUCAAAUCCAGAGUACAAAAAAAUUUCAGAGCCGGAUUACUCUUACAGAGUUAGAGAUCAUCUACGUAAGGAAGUCAUUGCCCCGCUUCGUAGAGCCCUGAGUCUGGGCAAGAGGAGCUUGCAUCCUUACAUUCCAGCCACCGAGGUCACCACAGAAAGAUACACGAAUUACAGAAAUCGUGUGAGGAAACAUGCAAAUACGAAUAUACCUGUUGAAGAAUUACUUCCUCACAAGAUCUUGGCUUGUUUUUAUGAUGAGGGGUGUGCAGAACUUGCCAAUUUACAAUGGAAGGAAAUGAUUAAACACCUGACAAUGAAAGGGAAGUUUAGAAACUGUCUAGCCAGUUGCGAUGUCUCACCUAACAUGAAUGGUUUUUGUACGACAGUCAGCAUUGCACUGGGGCUUCUAAUUUCAGAUUUGAGCCAAGGCCCAUGGAGAGGAAAGAUUAUGACAUUCAGCCAUGAUCCUCAGCUUCAAAAGAUUGAAGGAGAUGAUCUACAAAGUAGGACUGAUUUCAUGGAGAGAAUGGACUGGGGAUUGAAGAUAGAUCUUCGAAACGUAUUUCUUCGCAUCAUGGAAGCUGCAACCAAAGAAAACAUUGAUGAAGACAAUAUGGUGAAGACCGUUUUCUUGUUUACUAAUAUGGAUAUCACUGAAACAUGCUGCUCCGAUAAUUGGGAUAGUGAGUGUCAGGCAAUUAGAAAUAAGUUCCAUGAGAGCGGAUACACCUCUCUGCCAGUUAUAGUUUUUUGGAAUUUAAAAAACAAAAACGAUUUGAAGUCAUUACAUUAUGACUUAGGGUUAGGUUUAGUGCCUAAUGGGCCACAGGGGGUGACUCCGAUUAAAGGCUUUUCAGAUGCAUUAUUGAGAUCGGCUAUAGAGAAUAAUGGGGUUUUGAACUGUGAGGCUGCCAUGGAAAUGGUCAUUUCUGACAAAAGAUAUGAGAAAGCCGUGGUCUGCGAUUGA